CUCUCUCCUGCGGGUUUGGAGCGGGAUUUGCGGCGGUGUCCACUGUCCCGGAUCCCGGUGUGAUGGCUUCUCUGCGGAGAGUGAAGGGGCUCCUCCUCCUGAACCUCGUGGCUGUGCUCGGUUUCCUGCUGUUCCUGGCCCGGUGCAGGGUCCCGGUGAAGGUGGGGGACUCGGUGCCCGCGGCGCAGAGCAGAGCGCAGCUCAGCAACCGGACCGCCCUGAGCCCUCCGCCGCUGCACCAGGUGCUGCUCACACGGCUGUCACUGCUGGAGGACAUCGUGUACCGACAGCUCAACGGUUUGUCCAAGUCUCUCGGUCUUAUUGAAGGGUUUGGUGGCCGAGGACAAGGCGGGUUACCUGCUACACUUUCCACUGAAGAAGAGCGAGAAGCAGCUGGAGCGUAUGAGAAGUAUGGUUACAAUACAUACCUUAGUAAUAAGAUCUCACUGGAUCGAUCCAUCCCUGACUACCGACCAAAUAGGUGCAAAGAGUUGAACUACCCAAAAGAACUGCCGCAGAUUUCCCUCAUUUUCAUCUUUGUGAAUGAAGCCCUGUCAGUCAUCCUCCGCUCUGUGCACAGUGCAGUGAAUCACACUCCAGCCCAUCUACUCAAGGAGAUCAUUCUUGUUGAUGAUAACAGUGAUGAUGAAGACCUCAAAGCGCCUCUGGAGGAAUAUGUUCACAAACGGUACCCUGGUUUGGUGAAAGUUGUUCGCAAUGAGAAGCGUGAGGGACUGAUCCGAGCCCGAGUCCAGGGAUGGAAAGCUGCCAUUGCGCCAAUCACAGGCUUCUUUGAUGCCCACGUGGAAUUCAGUAGUGGAUGGGUUGAACCUAUUAUAGCCAGAAUUAAAAAUGACCGGAAGCGAAUUAUCCUCCCAUCCAUCGAUAACAUCAAGUACAAUACAUUUGAGGUGCAGCGCUAUGAGAACUGUGCCCAUGGUUACAGCUGGGAGUUGUGGUGCAUGUACAUCAGCCCGCCCAAGGAGUGGUGGGACAGAGGAGAUCCCACAGCUCCAAUCAGGACUCCAGCCAUGAUUGGAUGCUCCUUUGUGGUGAAUAGAUUAUUCUUUGGUGAGAUCGGGCUGCUGGACCCUGGAAUGGAUGUUUAUGGUGGAGAGAACAUAGAAUUGGGGAUUAAGGUCUGGCUGUGUGGUGGAAGUAUGGAGGUGCUGCCCUGCUCCAGAGUGGCUCAUAUUGAACGCAUGAAAAAGCCCUACAAUAGCGAUAUUGGGUUCUACACCAAGAGAAAUGCACUGCGUGUGGCUGAAGUCUGGAUGGAUGAUUACAAAUCUCAUGUUUACAUCGCAUGGAAUAUUCCUAUGGAUAAUCCAGGGAUUGACAUUGGGGAUAUUUCUGAGAGAGUACUAUUGCGAAAACAUCUCAAUUGCAAAAGUUUCCAGUGGUACUUGGACAAUGUGUAUCCAGAGAUGAGGAGAUUCAACAACACUGUGGCCUAUGGGGAGGUUCGUAACAAUAAGGCUAAAGAUUUCUGCUUAGAUCAGGGCCCAUCAGAGAACCACACAGCCAUUCUGUAUCCUUGUCAUGGGAUGGUUCCCCAGCUGGUGAGAUACACGAGGGAAGGGUACCUGUAUCUCGGCCCACUGGGCUCCACAGUGCUGCUGCCAGAUACGCGCUGUCUGGUGGACAACAGGAAGAGUCAAUUUCCUCAGCUCGUUGACUGCGAAAAAGUGAAAAACAUUCACCUGAAAUCCUGGCGCUUUGUACAGAAUGGAUCGAUCCUGAACUUGGAAACGGGCCGUUGUUUGGAGGUGGAGACCGGCAGAAAAAGUGACUUUGGGUUGGAGCUUGUUUUGCGGCAGUGCUCUGGACAAAAAUGGACAAUCAGAAAUGUCUUAAAACAAGCGGGAUAGCGACGGGCCAGCAUGAUCCAGGGGGAAUUAUUUUUGCUCAGUAGACCGGUAUCUUCAAAGGCUUGGGUGGGGGAGCAUUCAUCUGAACACUCACCGCCAUCGGUUGAGGCACUCAUGCCAUUACAAGAUGGAUCGUGCAGUCAGCAGGGGUCACUUUUAUCUUGUGAUUUAAAAAUAAAUACCAAUUUCUGAAUAUAUAUUAUCAAACGGAGAAAUCAGUUGACAAGUAGCGUUUUAAAUUAAAAAUUAUAUGUGUUAUAAUAAAUGGAAUCAUACAUAUUGUGAAGUCUUUUGGUCCAAAUGUAACCAUGGGUACGUGGAGUUUAUUAAAUGAGGACCGCUAGUUGGUCUCUAUCAAUGUUACUCAUUCCAUUGCCAUUCUUAGGUACAAUAUUUACUAACGGAUGGUUUGGAGCUCAUGCUGGAGAUUCCAAACCUCAUGCAAUGUGUGUGUUCUCAGUCUGCAUGAGACCACAGCUCAUAUAUUGCCUUGAGCACCAUGUGGUCAUCCAGCUUGUUCUAACUCACAGACACUGGAGCCAUCAGUGCACUGACUGGGGAGAGCAGUCUGCAGCAGAGAAGGUGUAGUUCAGAAUGGGGUCUGAGGUACGCGAUGAAUGAGCUCUGCAGUAAUGUAUAUCUGUCCCUCAGUGAUAUUGCCCAACAACAUUUAUCAUCUAAUGUGUGUGGACAUGAAGGAGUUAAUGCCGACUGAUGAGACCUUGUCAAAUCUUGUCACUGUUUACAAUGAGCCUCUUACCAGCAAAGGGAAUAACAACUAUGGAUAGAACAAACCUGAGGCUCAAUAACAAUCACCAUCUAACUCAGCGUUGUUGGGAAUCUGUUUGUAUCAAUAUUGCAAAUAUGUGACUGUAUAUUGUGAAUGUAAAAUAAAAACGUGGCAGACACAUUACAAUGCUACCAAA